AUGCUGUCGGGCAGCAUCGUCUUCUACGGCGCCAGGGACAUCCUGUUCUCGCCGUCCGACGGCGCGCACUGGCGUCGGAUGCGGAAGAUCUGCGCCAUGGAACUGCUGGGGGACCGGCGGGUGAAGUCACUGCGGCCGAUUCGAGAUGAAGAGGUCGGGAAGCUGGUGAGGUUUAUUCGCAGUCAGUCACGCGACACAGGAGGGAUGGUGAACCUGAGCGAACUCCUGAUCGCGGUGGCCAGUACGAUGGUCUCGAGGGCGGCGUUCGGAAAGAUCCGAGAGCUGGAGGGGUCUUUUCUGACGCUGGCGCAUCGGGUUGUCCAAACAAUGGGAGGGUUCAGCGUCGGGGACAUCUUUCCUUCCCGCCGGUUGCUGCAUUUGAUCACCGGAACGGAGAGAAAACUGAGGAAGCUUCACGAAGAAGGAGAUUUGGUCCUCCAAGAGAUAAUCGACGAUCAUUUGUCCAGGCGAUCGACGAGAGCCGGCAGAGAAACAGAGGAAGAAGAAGAUCUAGUUGAUGUCCUCUUGAAUUGCAUCGACGACCACGUUGAGGUUAAAGCCAUCAUUUUGGACAUGUUCGUAGCUGGGGCCGACUCUUCUCCUGGUGUUGUGGAAUGGGCCAUGUCCGAGUUAAUGAAGAACCCGAAGGAGAUGGAAAAAGCGCAAAAAGAAGUGAGACGUGUGUUUGACGAAAAAUGAAAAGCCGUGGACGAAACUUGUUUUGGAGAACUACAUUAUCUCAAAUCAGUCGUCAAAGAAACUCUCAGAUUACAUCCACCCGUUCCUUUGUCAAUUCCAAGAGAGGGUAGAGAAACGGUCGUGAUUGAUGGAUAUCAAGUUCCAACGAAAACAAGGGUCAUCGUCAACGUGUGGGCCAUCAACCGAGAUCCCUCGCACUGGACCCAACCAGAUCAAUUUUUGCCGGAAAGAUUCCUCG